CCGUAGAAGCAGUAGUAAGUCCUGGGACAGUAGUCUAACUAGCUUAGACGGAGUUGUGAUGGUUUUAAAUCUUUGGCCAUGUCUGAAAUGCUGCUGAAAGACAUGGAUGAGAUUUCUCUCGGGCCUGUUAAAAUGGACGAGCAGAAGGAAAAUGGACGGAGUUUUCUCCUGGUGGACGAAAACGAAAGCUUGCAGGUAAAGAAUGAAGCUCAUUUUCUGCAGAAGCUGGGCUGCAGUGGCGCUCAGGGAGUCAAAGUGGUUUCCAUCUUCGGCAACACAGGUGAUGGCAAGUCCCACACUCUCAACCAUGUGCUUUUUGACCGCGAGGAGGUUUUUGCCACAUCUCCCUCUCCAUCCUCCUGCACUGUGGGCGUAUGGGCUGCUUAUGACCCGCAGCUGAACCUGAUUGUGCUGGACACUGAGGGCCUGCUCGGGGCCGCCACUCAACAGAACCGCCGCAUGCGUCUGCUGCUCAAGGUCUUGGCCGUAUCAGACGUGGUCAUUUACCGCACACGGGCCGAGAGGCUGCACAACGACAUGUUUCAGUUCCUUGGCAGCGCGUCCGCCGCUUACCUGAAGCACUUCACACCUGAGCUCCGUGCCCUAUCGAGCCGAUGUGGGCUAGACGUGCCUCUCUCCAGCCUCGGACCCGCCGUCGUUGUUUUCCAGGAGACGUCCCGCACUCAGCUGUUGGGCCAGGACGGCUCAGGCCUCGGGCAGGCAGACACGCAGCUGCAGAAGCGCUUUCAUGACCUGGGCCAGAGCACAGACGCCUUCAGCUCGGUUCAGUAUGUGGGCACACAGACCAUCACUCCUCCCACAGACUACUCACAGCUACAGCACACUGUCCAGCAGCAAGUCAACAACACAUCCCAGAGAGCCCCGCGCCAGCCCGCCAUUGUGUUCAGUGCACUGCAGGCCCUGAGCGACAGGUUCUGCGGAGAGAUCUCAGAUGACAAAUUCAGCAUAUGCUCCUUCUUUCCUGAUGAAUAUUUCACUUGCCCAUCAGUCUGUCUCAGCUGCAAUGUUCGGUGUAAGAAUGGCAUGAACCACCGGAAAGAUGGGGUCCCUCACAUGGCUGAUGGAUUAUGCCAAUAUGCCCACCAGUACAACAAUAAAGUCCUCAUCUGUAAGAAGUGCUAUGAAAGCGGAAGGGAAGUGAUUGUCAUCCCCAAAACAUCUGCCUCCACAGACAACCCGUGGUUUGGUCUGGCCAAGUAUGCUUGGUCCGGGUACGUUUUAGAGUGUGCAAGCUGUGGGAUCAUCUACCGCAGCAGACAGUACUGGAUGGGCAACCAAGACCCGGAGAGCAGUGUGGUACGGCCAGAGGUCAAGCACGUCUGGCAGGGGACUGAUGCCUUCCAGACUGACCAUCAGAAUGCAGCUCAGCGGGUUUUGGAUGGAAUGAACUACAUUAUUCAGUCGGUGACAGAAUACAGUUCAGGCCCGACUAAAGCCGUUGCCGCGUGGCUCACAGACCAGGUGGCUCCACCUUACUGGAAACCCAAUGCUGAAAUCAGUGAGUGUCACGGCUGUAAGCGUGUGUUUGAGGAGGUGGAGAGGAAGCAUCACUGUCGAGCCUGUGGUCAGGGUUUCUGUCAGGCCUGCUCUACUCACAGUAUGCCGGUGCCUGAGAGAGGAUGGGGCGGCACCCCCGUACGAGUGUGUGAUGCCUGUUACCGGCAGGGAGGACCACAACACGGUGGACAGGUGUCCAGUACUGAGCCCCGGACACUAGUGGCCCGCAGAGUGACAGAAGUGGCCCAGUCCACUCUUGACAUGGUGUCCACCGCAGUCGACUACCCGCUCUGCUUCAUAAAGGGAGUUGCGAGACCAGACUAUUGGGUCCCAGACCAUGAGAUCACCCAGUGCCACUGCUGUGCUAAAGUUUUCACCCCCAGCAUGUCUAAACACCACUGCCGGGCAUGUGGAGAAGGUGUGUGUGGAAACUGCUCCAGUAAGACCAGAGCUGUGCCAUCCCGUGGCUGGGACCAUCCAGUGCGAGUGUGUGACACCUGCGCUGAAAUCCGGGACUCAUUGUGACCCUCCAGCUCCCGUCCCGGAGCUCACAUCCACGUUAUAGGCCAUUUACAAGCCUUACACGAGGCUGGAGGAAGAUGAAACUCACUGCAGAACACAGACAAACACUCAGGCUGAGAGGGAUGAUCUCUGAAUCAAGAGAAAAACUAAUAAUUAUAUGUUGCAUAAUGACAAUAAUUUGUAGAGUUAUUGAGAUUCAUAAUUAAGCACAUUUUAUACAUCCCAAAAUCUAGUUCACUAUACUUGACUUUCCACAUACACAGCUAUGGAAAAAGUCUGUUUCUCUGGGUUAACAGUUUAUAGUUAUGUGCAGGGUGCGAAUUACAGGGGGUUUGGUUAGGUUGGGGAUUGACCCCCCCAAUUAAUGCUUGAUCCCCCCCCGAAGGCCAUCAAAACAACAUGUAUGGGGGGGUCAGUCCUUUAAAUAGUGAGAAAUAGUUUUCUCUGAUCUGUAUCUUAAAUAAUAUUUAUAAUUAAAGCAAUAGAUAAUAUAAACAUGCAUAUGACCACCCCUAUAAUGGUUCAUACCAUUAGGAACACAAAAUCAGUCUAUGCGAGAGAAAAAAAUCAUUGAAAAGUCGGAAACUGGCAGAUCUACAGCACCGAUAGACACCGUAAGUGUUCAAAAGACUCUUUUCUUGUAAGAUAGCUGUUUGUUUCUACAUACAGCCUAAAAGUAAAGUAGAAUUGCUGCAGAGUUUGUAUAGUUUGACCUACAGUAACCUCUGAAAAUAGCAAAUCGGAGUAUACUGUAGAUCAGAACACACUAAAAAUCUCUCAAAACACUGAAACUGAAGCAUGUUUUACACCGGGUCACCAAUAUAUAAUUCGCACCCUGGUUAUGUGUUUGAGUAAAGGGUUUAACUUAUACUGAUGAGAUUUCUUAUUAAUUGCUAAUUCACAACAAAAUGGUUUUAAUUAAAACAUUUUUGUAAACAUCUUUAUAUUCAUUUUAGACAACACAGUACAAACAUUUUAACUUCAGAAGAGCUCAGAAAUCAAAAUGUGGUGGUUUUUAUGUUUCAACAACAACAAAAAACAUUGUUUUUCUGGCAAAAUAGUUUUUUCCUUUUCCUUUUUUUCAGUAUUCUUAUUCCAAAUGUGGAAAUUUGUUAUCAGACAUUUAUAGAAUAAAACACAUAUA